CAUAGGUUCGCCAUCACUGGCCUAGAACCUCAAACACAUGACAUUAUUCACCUUUCCAACUAUGAUAAUCUAAUGGAUGUCAACUGGUAUUUCAUUUUUAAUUUUCAUCCUUCUGAUUACCAUAGAGUUUGAGCACUUUUUCAUAUGCUUGCUAGCCUUUUGGGUUUCCUACCUUGUAAACUGCGGUUUAGAUUUUUUACGCAUUUAUUAGAGUUCCUGUCUUUUACUUGUUAAUUUGCAAGAGUUCUUUGUGUAUCCUAGAUAUCAGUCUCUUCCUGGUUUUGAGCAUUGCAAGUAUCUUGCCCCAAUCAGAAAAGUGUUAGUUACUUUAUUGAUGGUAUUCUUCAGUGAACAGAUAAUCUUAUUUUUUGAUAUAAUCAAAUUCAUCAGUUUUUUGUUAGUGAAUGAUUUGAGCUUUUAUGGUUUUGUUUAAAAAGUUUUACCCCACUUCUAUUAACUUCAUGUUUUUCCCUCUUACAUGUGGGGUCUGUUUUUGUAUGUACUGUUUGCUGGGUGCACAUGCAGUCUUCCUUUUUCCCACACAGUGAGCCAGUUCCCAACACAUACUAGACGACCCCUCCUCUCCCUGCCGAUUAGUAGAGCCGCCUUCAUUAUACGUCAAGUUCCCAUGUGCACACAGGUCUCUACGAAAUUCCUGUUCUGAUCCCUUGAUAUAGUGAUGUGGCCUUAUGUCAACAUCCAAAGUUGGAAUUGUGUGUUAUUUUUUAUUACUAGAUUUCAAUAUCUGACUUAGUAAACACAGAUUGCUUAACUUGCUUUGUUUUGCGGGGAUAGAAACAGGCUGAAAUUAAUGAAAGGAUGUAGCCAGGGAGCAUGGAUUCAGUUUCCUGCACUACCAACGACAGAAAACAAUUCUUAUAACAUGCCUCCCCCCACCCCCCAAAAAAAGAAGUUAUCAGGGGGCUGCUGAACUGAGAGCAGCACUAGCCAGUCAGGCCUGGGGGUGGCAGCGAGGAAAGUGAGCUGCCAGCUCUUGGCAGCAAUAGCUGACAGCUCCCCUUUUCUGGUACUUUCUCAGCUCUGGGUGGCAGGCAUGCCAAUCCCCAGAUAAGAGACUGUGAUAGGCCCAACCUUUGUUAUGUGGGUCCUGUGACUGGCUACCACAUGAAAACCAAAGGCCAGGGAUGGGACAGUUUGCUAAGGAGCCAGGGUGAAGGGAGCCGUGGCUGCAGGAGCUGGAUGGGGAGCUGAGCAGGCAAAAGCGGACGAUGUCCCCUGCGAGGGUCCCACAGCCCAGCAGUGACUUAGUCCUUCCCGCUCCAGGGAUCUGCAGGGCUUUGCUCAGGGGCCAGCACCUAGGAGGCCAAGAGGGCAGCUGAGGGGACUUCGUUGUCAGAAAUGUACCCCAGCCAGGAGCAGGGCGUGCCCCGUGGUGAGGGGGUUACCGGAGCCCCCGCUGGCACUGUGGUGCCUCAGGAGCUGCUGGAAGAAAUGCUUUGGUUUUUUCGGGUAGAAGAUGCAUCUCCUUGGAAUAUUUCCAUCUUUGCCCUGAUGGGUGUGGUGGUCGUGAUAAGCAUGGUCCUCCUGGGAAGGAGCAUCAAGGAGAACAGAAAGCAGAAGAAGCUGCCACGGGAAAAACCAACUCCAGAAGUCUUGACUGAGGCCAGAACCAAAGAUGACAACAAUCUGAACAUCCUAAGAGAGUCUUUGCUCUCAGAAAAGCUAAACUUGGCCGAGGUGGACAUUGAGUUAAAAGCGAGGAUCCUUACAGAUCCACUGGCAUCCGAGAGCUAGUGAGAGGGCAGGGCAGGCCCCCAUGUUGUGAGCAGAUCAACCGAAAGAAGUGCCAUCCAACUAAAAUUCUGUUAUGGGGGGAAAAAACCCCACAAACCGCCUUUUUAUUAAAAUGCUUCUGAAUGUGG